UACUUGGCUCCUUCGUUUCUUCCGGACCAGAGAAGGCGACGAUCGUCCAUUUCUUCUUUCUGUUCCAGUAGUAGUGUACGCGUCGUCUUAGGCGGAGUGGGUGGUGACUGCAACAGCCGACACGCGCUCUGGGAAGCGAGCCGCGGUCUCGUCUCACGAUUGCCGCCGAUGAUCUGCCUUGUAACAUGACCGAUUCUUGUACGGAUUACACUAUAACGAAUGGUGGCACGUACCGUAAAGGAACAAGGACCACCAAGCUUGCAGUACGUCCGUACACUACACUAGCGUCAUGUACGAUUUUGUGGUAUGGAGUAGUUGUGUGGGUUAUGUGACGAUCCUGCGAUGGUGGAUCGAAACCCCCUUGCUAGGCCAAUGGCCAAGAAGUGAGCUCCACCACGAGGUCGUCAAGGUUCUUGGGCUCCAGCUAUCUGGAGGAACCAGCAGCAAGAAGAUCGUCAGGUAGCAAGGAAAAAAGCACGAGGGAUAUUGUAUGGAGUACCAAGGAGCUCCAGAGCAGCAGAGCGGGGAGAGGGUUCGAGCCUUGGCCUCCCCGUCAGAAAAGCGCGGAAAACAGCAUGAACGCAGGUCUGCACCCGUGGGGGGCAGAGAAUUAUCGGCCAAAAAAAAAAAAAAAAACAUCAAAACCCGAAGUGAUGUUUCUGACUGUGGCCAAUCACUCUGUGUUGCACGCUUUGCCCUCUUUUUUUUUUUUUUUUUUUUUUUUUUUU